AUGUGGCGGCGUAGAUAUCGCCCAUGGAGGAAUGUAGUUGCGAACGCGAGAAUUGAGGGUCUUACGACGGACUUGCAUAUGACUGGAAACCAAUAUCUGACCGGCCUGACGCUCUACUUCAUUGGCUAUGUUCUAUUUGAGCUUCCCACCCUGACACUAGCAUGGGGAAUCGUUGCGACUCUCAUGGGUGUGACCCAGAAUCUGUCUGGCUUCUCCGCUGUGCGGUUCUUUUUGGGCGUCACGGAGAGCGGCCUAUUCCCUGGAGUCGUUUUCUACCUUUCCAUGUGGUAUAAGCGCGCAGAACGCCAAUAUCGAAUAUCACUAUUCUUCAGUGCCGCUUCGCUGGCAGGUGCCUUUGGUGGUAUUCUAGCGUGGGGAAUCGCACACAUGAGAAAUGUUGGAGGGUAUAAGGGAUGGCGAUGGAUCUUCAUUCUGGGCUUACGCUGCCCCAGAGGCCUUCUUACCAUUGUUAUCUCGCUUAUCGCCUACUUCUUCAUCUCAAACUAUCCUUCGACCGUCAGUUGGCUUUCAGAUGAUGAGCGCGAUUCGACUCACGACGAGAAGUUUAGCUGGGCUGAGGUGUGGGUCGCUUGCAAGGAUGUGAAGUGCUGGCUGUAUGGCUUCGCUUUCCACACCAUGAGCUUACCACUAUACACCCUUUCACUCUUCCUCCCCACAAUUAUACAGGACAUGGGCUAUACAUCUGCCCAAUCUCAACUUCUCACCAUACCACCCUACGCCCUCGCCACCAUCUUCACUGUCAUCUGGACUGUCACAUCCGAGAAAAGUGGACGUCGGGCACCUUUCAUCAUUCGGCCUGGGGUAUCCUACCUGGGCACCUUUUUCGCCGCCGCCGGCAUCUACCCCAGCGUCGCCCUGGUACUAUCCUGGCCGGCCAACAACGUGUCUGGGCAAACGAAACGGGCAACCGCAAAUGCCAUGCAAAUCAGUAUCGGAAACUGCGGCGCGGUACUUGGAACGCAGCUUUACCGACCGAUCACUUCUCCGAGAUACGUGCUUGGGCAUUCGUUUGCACUCGGGUAUCUGGUGAUGAAUAUUGUUGUCGUUAGUAGGCUAUGGUAUAUCCUUAGUUGGGAGAACAAGAAGAAGCAGGAGCACCUAGAAAAGUACCCUGAAACGAAGGGAUUCCACGAUUCUGAUGAGGAUUUGAUAUUGGGGGAUCAGCACCCGAGGUGGCACUUUAAUACGUAA